CUACUCGCCGUCAGUUGAAAACAAGCGACUGUGAGUGAAACAUUGCAUUUCGCAAGCGUCCAUUUCACCGUAAUUCUCAAAGAAUUAAGUACUAUAUCUAUUGUUAUACGUCGUAAAUUGAGAAGCUAUCAAGAAAAAUGUCUCUUCUACCGUUCUUCAUUGACUACGAAGUAGAGCGCCCCCGCCGUUUGCUGGACCAACAUUUCGGGCUUGGCUUAACCCCAGACGAUUUGCUAAGCGCCAUCGCUGGCGGACCCGUCGUCAGCCGAGACUACUACAGACCAUGGAGACACCUUGCUGCCGCUUCGAGAGACCUCGGUUCAAGCAUCAAAAACGACAAGGACAUGUUCCAAGUUAAUCUUGACGUGCAGCACUUUGCCCCUGAGGAUAUCAAUGUGAAAACCGUCGACGGAUACAUCGUGGUUGAGGGUAAACAUGAAGAAAAGCAGGACAAACAUGGUUAUAUCUCCCGUCAAUUUACUAGAAGGUACGCGUUGCCGGAAGGUUGCACGCCGGAAACUGUGGAAUCAAGACUGUCUUCGGAUGGGGUGUUGACGGUGACGGCACCUAGGCAGGUUCCACUAGCAGUGCAGGGUGAGAGGAAGGUACCCAUAGCUCAGACUGGUCCCGUGCGUAAGGAGGUCACCGAUCAAUCGAACGGCGAUAAAGCUUAAAGGUUAUUUUAAUUCAGUCAACCAGCGUGUUA